AUGGGAUACGCCGGAAAUGUGGAGCCGCAGUACAUCGUGCCCACAGUGGCCGGGUUCAAGGCAUCGCAGGGGGGGCUGGAGGGCAAGCGAGAUGGCCUCGAGGACUUGGACUUUUACAUGGGGAACGACGCUCUCAAGCACAGCACCACACAUCAGAUCUCCUAUCCCAUCCGGCACGGUCUAAUCGAGGACUGGGACAACAUGGAGCGCAUGUGGCAGCAGUGCCUGUUCAAGUACCUCCGCUGCGAGCCCGAGGAGCACCACGUGAUGCUCACGGAGCCCCCCCUCAACACCCCCGAGAACAGGGAGUACACCGCGGAGAUAAUGUUCGAGACCUUUGGGGUGCCUGGCCUGUACAUCGCGGUACAGGCAGUCUUGGCGCUCGCGGCCUCUUGGAGCGCGAAAUCGGUCGCCGAGCGCACCCUCACGGGCACGGUGAUCGAUGCCGGUGACGGUGUCACGCACAUCAUCCCCGUAGCGGAGGGGUACGUCAUCGGCAGCUGCAUCAAGCACAUCCCGCUCGCUGGAAGGGAUAUCACUCAGUUCAUCAUGGAGAUGCUGAGGGACCGGAAGGAGCCUAUCCCGCCGGAAGACUUGCUCGAUGCCGCGAGGCGCAUCAAGGAGCAGCACUGCUACUGUGCACCGGACCUGGCGAAGGAGUACUCCAAGUACGACAAGGACCCCAGAAAGUUUUUCCGCAUGUACACCGGCAAACGGAAAAACGGGGUGGAGUACUCGGCGGACGUGGGGUACGAGCGGUUCCUCGGUCCGGAAAUGUUCUUCUCUCCGGAGAUCGUGUCAUCCGACUUCUUGACGCCGCUGCCGCAGGUGGUGGACGAGGCCAUCCUCAAGUGUCCCAUCGACUCGCGGAGAGGCCUCUACAAGAACAUUGUGCUGUCUGGAGGGUCGACCAUGUUCAAGGACUUCGGUCGGCGUCUGCAGAGAGACAUCAAGAGGAGGGCCGACACUAGAAUGGAGGCGAACCGCCUCAUCACCAUGAAGGCGGGUUUGAAGGAGGUUGUCCAGGCGUCGGCGAUCGAGGUGAACGUCAUCGGACACGCCUUGCAAAGGUAUGCAGUGUGGUUCGGGGGGAGUUUGGUGGCCUCAGGGCCGGAGUUCUACCGUGUCUGCUGCACGAAGGCACAGUACGAUGAGGAGGGCCCACGGAUCGCAAGACACAACCCUGUCUUCACAGCGCAGUUCUAAUGGAAAAUAUUUCGCGGUGGAUCGAAAGGAGGCACCGGCGGUGGACAGGGGUGACCCGGAUGGUCUUCCCGUGGGUGGUGCUUCUUGCCUCGGCGUGUCCACGAAGCUCUUUUUCUCCUUUCGUGUUAGACCUGUGUUGUGCUUCUGUGUUCGCCAAUCCUUCUGAUGGCAUGCAUUCCCCACAGCAGUGUCUCAAGUCUCAAUAGCAAGUAAGUUGUUGUAGAGAAAUUACUGUAGCAGUGUAGAAAGUGCCGGCAUUUACUGCUAGGUUUGCCUGCGAAGGCAUUCUGGUCAACGGUGAUAUCUCGAGGCGGUUUGACCGCGGCCUUACGCCGUGGCCUUGCGCCUUGUCUGUAAGGAGGGGGGAGGAACUCCUGUGUCGACGCCAAUUACGUGGCGGCCGUUUUCUUGAGGUCCUCGUUUGCCAUUGUGUCUGUCGAUCCUCGGGUCGGUAUUUAGAUUUCAACAGGCUGGCGGUUGCAUUCAUGUUGGCUUUCCGGGUGCAGGGAAUCAAUGGGCGUGGAAUCGUCCUGACGGGCGCGCAGAGACUGCUUGAUGAUUCCCUGCAGACGACACGAAAACUCGCAUCGAGAGA